AUGCAGCAGCAGCAGCAGCAGCAGCAACAGCAGCAGCAGCAACAGCAGACCGGCGUGUGCGGCUUGCAGCAGUACUGCCUCGCUCCUGGGGUGUCAUCUCGGGUGAAGGUAGGGGUGCAGCAGCAGCAGCAAAGACAGCAGCAGCAGCAGCAGCAACAGCAGCAACAGCAGCAGCAGGAGGAAGAAGCAGCCGCAGUGCGUGUGCAGCUGCAGCAGCACGAGCCUGAGCUGCGUGUGGUGUGUCGUUCUCUGGGCCGCCUGGCGCUGCAGUGUAUAGGCAGCUUAGUCCGCGUGAACUUUGCUGCUGCUGCGCUGCUGCUGCCGCUCUGCUCCUCCUGGGGCCUCGGGGCCUCUCUCGCCCGCGUACGCCUCGAUGACCCCUUCUUGCUGCAACAGCUGCAGCUACCUGCGGGGGCGACGCCUGCGCUGUAUGGCCUCAACUUCAUGGAGGUAGCUAUCCCCUUAGGCGAGGCGGCCACGACUCAGACUGGGGGCAGCAGCACAAUGCAGCAGCAGCAGCAGCAGCAGCAGCAGCAACAGCAGCAGCAGCAGCAGCAGGCGGGAGCGAUGACCCCCGUCGUUGUGCGGCUUGAAGACGGCGUGGCUUCGCAGCCCGAGCAACAGCAGCAGCAGCAGCAGCAGCAGCAGGGCGAGCAGCAGCAGCAAAGCCAGCAGCAGCACCCGCAGCAGCACCCCCCGCAGCAGCAGCAGCAGCAGCAGCAGCAGCUGCGGGGCUGGUUGAUACCUGCUGAGCAGCGCAGCAGCAAGAAGGCGCUGAUAUGCAUGCACGGAUGGCUCUCCAACAGACAGGGCUGUCUCCCCUUCCUCGCAGCAGCCAAAGAGUUGAAUCUGCACAAGGACCACCACAUUUUGCUGCUGGAUAUGCGGGGUAGCGGCGACUCUCCUGCUGUUCGCGGCGCAGCAGCAGCAGCAACAGCAGCAGCAGCAGCAGCAGCAGCAGGAGUUCCCCCCUGCAGCAGCAGCAGCAGCAGCAGCAGCAGCAGCAGCAGCAGCGGGGAUUGCUUUGCUGUUGAGGCAGCAGUGUCGCAGCUAGCCACAGAUGCCCGCGAUGACCUCGCUGCAGCAAGGGGUGAGGAGGAGUGGCUGCAGCAGCAGGGGGUGUCACUGCAGCAAGUGCUGCUGGACUCCCCCAUAUGCAGCGCAGCUUCUCUGCUGCAGCAGCAAGCUGCUGCUCGCCCCGUUGCUCGUUCGCUGCUGCUGCUGCUGCAGCACCUCUCGUGGGGCCUUGGCAGCAAGCGUGCAGCAGAGCUGCGGCGGCUGCGAUCGCUGCUGUCGUUGGAGUGUAUGGACAGCAGCAGCAGCGUGGUUAUCCUCAGUGCAGCAGACAAGCUCAACCUGUGGCAGCUGCUGCAGCAGCAGCUGCUGCUCCUCGAUGAAGACAAACGCCCACGGGCUACCUACGUCUUGGCUCGGGGGGAGCACUGCAACCUAGCAGCAGCAAAUGCUGCAGCAUUCAAGUCAGCUGUUGCUGCUGCUUUUGUGUCUCCGUCCUCGCUGCAGCGGCUGUGGCGGCUGCUGCUGCCAGCAGCAGCAACACGAGCAGCAGCACCACCAGAUACCCUGCUGCUUACACCCAAGGAUCUAUCGAAGAUGCAGCAGCAGCAGCAGCAAAUCAAACUGCAUCAGCAGCAACUGCUGCAGCAAGACAAACAGGAGGAAGAAGAAGAGCUGCUCGAAGAAGCAGACGCUCAAGACUAA